CCUGACUGAGAGAGAACGAGCACUGUGUGCGAUUCUUACAGAGAGAAGAGCAGACCCUGACCGACCGAGUCGAGCCGUUGAAGCCCAUUGAGGAGUGGAAAAACCGCACGCAUCGAGAAUGACGACUACCAAAGCUGUGCUGCUGCUGCUGCUGGUGCUGUGGACGGAUCUGGGUUCGGCCGAGAGCGGAGGGAGCCAUGAUGAAUCCGCAGGUGCACCCAUAGUUCUCCCCCGGCAUCCGAACGGCCUGCCCGAGAUGCAGCAGAUGCUGAUCGAGAUGCGCGGAGAGCUGGCGGAGCAGAGAGCAGAGAUCAGGCUGGCUAAGGGACACGUGGACGUGGAGCUGCAAUUACUGAAAAUAAAAAACAGAGAACUAGAAAGGAAAUUAGAGGCUCUUGAGGACAGCAACGCAGAUUUGAACAGCACACUAAAGGAACUUCAGAACAUCACUGAAGAGAGUAAGGUGGCUUUCUCAGUCUCCUUCUCAGUAUCAUCUGACGUCCACAUCGGACCCCAUGACAAAGACACCACCCUGGUCUUCGACCACGUCUUCAGCAACAUUGGCAACACCUACUGUGUCCGCUCAGGCAUUUUUACGGCUCCGGCGAGAGGAGUGUACCAGUUCCGCUACCACAUCUUUGCCGGGGGCUCGAACGGCGCCGGCGCCAAACUCAUCAAGAACGGCGAGCAGGUGGCGGCGGCCUACAACCACAAAGCGCCGCAUGACAUCAACGCCUCCCAAGGGCUGUCUCUGCUGCUGGAGAAAGGCGAUCGCGUGAGCCUGCUUCUGGAGGCGGGCUGGUGGGUGGCGUCGUACCGAGGCCACAUGACCACCUUCAGCGGACAACUCCUCUUCCUCAUGUGAUGAGGCAGUGUUUAGUUUACAAACGAAGAGCUCUUUUCCAAAACGUUAUAAAUCCAUUUGUGAAAAUAGGUAAUAUCGAUAAAAAUGCAGGUUUUUUUUUUUUUGUAUUGAGUAAAGAUAAAUCAACUAAACAUAAACCAAUACAGUUUCACUGAAAUUAUUUGAAAAACAACAUUUAAAAAAAUGAUUUAUGAAAAUUCAUUAAAAUGGUGGAUAAAGCGUUUUGGAAAAUAACUCUUCUCCUCUUCCUCACGUGAUAAGAUGAUGUUUCUAAACACACAAAUGUACACACACAGAGACCUGUAUUUACUGGUGUAAAUAACAUUAAUAAAGGAAUGUUGAAUACAAAGA